AUGCCUAAAGACCUGAAUAAGAAAUUGACUAGAAAGUCAAGAAAAGAUAUCACAGUAGAUGUCAAUCAAGUUAAGUUAGAGAAGAAAUUUGAGAACAAAGAACCAAAACAACUCAAUGAAAACGAAGAUAUAUAUGAUAAUAUUCUAAAGGAAUAUGAAUCAGAAUUAGAAAGUACGGAGAUACAGGAUAAAAGAAAAUGUAUCAUGAAAAUUCAAGGAAGUAUUAAGAAAUUAGAAAAACUAUUAGAAAAUUCAUGCGAUGUGAAUUUUGUGAGAAACUCUAAGUUGGGAAUCCAAAGAGAAGUCCAAAGUACUGGAGCUCAAUGUAAUUUCAUUACACCAGAAUUGGUAGAGAAAACGAAAUUAAAUACAGAGUUAGCACCAGAGGCAGUGUUGACCACAGCUACAGGCGAAGCAAUAAAGGCUAGCAAGAAAGUUAAAUUGAAUUUAGAAAUAGGAACGAAGCUUGUAGAAGUACAGAUGUAUGACGCUGCAUUCAAGACUACCAGAGUUCAAGAGUGUAACUCAUAG